AUGUAUGACUUAGAUUACACUGUGGGCCGCGAAACUGAAAUUGCUGCUCUCGUGUAUGUAUGUAUGUAUGUCGAUUGGCACGGCUACUACUGCUGCUUUGCAUCGCUGUCGUCCAUUUACCUCGCGCGAACUCCCGUUUCACCGCCGCCGCCUCGGCGCUUGAUGGAGCCGCAACGGCUGCAGCAGCCACUACCACCCAGCCCAUCUCAACCGCAAACGCCAUGUCAUCCUCCUCCUUGGAUUCCAGCCGUGUACGGCAAACGCGUGUACCUGCUGGCGAACGGCCUGACCUUGGCCGAGAUGGCCCGACACGGCUGGGGCGGCGCGACGCUGGAGACUCCUCUGUUCGACUGGUACCAGUCCAAUGCGACAAAGCUGCGCAGUGGUCGCUUCUGGUUUUCACACGCUACCGAUUUGAUGCGAUUUGCGCUCAUCUACCGCCACGGCGGUCAGUACCUCGACAGCGACGUGCUCGUCAUGCGACCCAUAAGCCCUGACAAAAUCAACAAACUUGUGCGAAGCAAGGCCGACUCAAGGUACUUCGAGUGCGCUGUUGUGUACUUCACCGCUCGCCAUCCGUUCCUGUACGACGUGCUCAUGCACAUUACGCAAGUCUACAAUGCUGUCGACUGGAUCACCGCGGGUCCUAAACCCCUUACCACCAUCUUCAACCGCCUAGAGCGCCAGAAGGUCAACUACCUCCCGGGACAGGUGCACCCCGGCGCUUGGCUAGGAUUGCGAUUGAAACAGGCGAAACAGGUGUUUUGGAAGACGGGCCGCGUUCGUUUGGAAGAUUACCGUGGCUGCGAAGUGGUGCAUUUAUGGGGGUCCGUGGCGCGCGGAUAUCUGAAGGCGCGUGGCCGCAGCAGCAACAGCAGCAACACAACCGGCGGUGGCAAGAGCGAUACCAACAACUUAAGCUUCACAUACUUCAUAGCUCCGGACAAGGUGCGGCUGGUGCAGCAGCGACUGGACACUUUGCGCAACGUGCCGUAUUGCAGGGUGCAGCACCAACAGCAGGAGCCAUAG